GCGAAUCAGAAAAUCAAUUAAGUUAUGAAAAAUACCAUUAAUUGCCUUUCUUUGUCACCGCAGCUCAUGAAGAAAUGGCGGAUCUCCAGACGUUGUACAUUUGAGAAAAAACACUUAACAGCUCAUGGCGUAUAUACAGACGAUAAAAAACGCCUCAAUCGCCAGGAAUAUUUACGUUUUCUAGAAAUACCGACAAGUAUCCUCCAAACGGAUGAGAAUGAGCUGAUGGUCGUGGAAGUCUGCAAGAAGACGUUGCAACAAAGAGAGAGGCUGACUGGAAGAUGCCAAGAAAAAAACAACAGAAUCCACAGCCAGUCAAGUUGGAUUCUGAAGAUGAUGUAGCCAUUGAAGCUCCAGGAAACCUCACCUUAGACACGGACUUCCUUUUAGGACAAGACCUUGAGUUUGGUGAUCCCGACCAUGACAGCAAGAUUUUAGGCCUGGAAAAGUUCUCAGAAGUAGCUGCUGAGAUUGGUUUCUCUGUGUAUCCUCUGGGUGAUGAGGAGAGCCCUGCCUACAGCCAGCUCAGCAUGGAAAGUGAAACGGACAACUCACACGGCACAACUAGCAACGGGAGGGAGGACGAGGGCCGAGCAGCCCAGUCGGAGCCCAGCUUUCCCCCCUACCUGUCCUGCAGGGGCUGCGGACAGCUCCGUGAUGAACCUCUGGGGCCUGGCAUAGACCUAGUUGGUCCAUACUGCCUUAGGUGCUGCAAAGCCUCCAGGGAAGCCAAAAGCACGGACUUCUGCUCGCCUUUUGGAAGCAUCGGCGGGAUUCGCUCAGGUUCCCAUUUGCAGCUUGACAGUGAGGGGUUGGGGAACGGGAUGGGUGACAAAGCACUGACAGCUGAGGACAAACUGCCUAAGCUGCACUCGUGUCACCUCUGUGGCUUCUCCUCGCGUUACGCCAACCAUGUGAAGCGUCACAUGAAGACACACAACGGAGAGAAGCCCUUUAACUGCCCCCUGUGCACUUACGCCUCAGCCCAGCUGGUGAACCUGCAGAGACACCUGCGCAUUCACACUGGGGAAAAACCGUACAAAUGUGACAGCUGCACUUUCGCCUGCAGUUCCCUCGGCAACCUCAAGAGGCACCAGCGCAUGCAUGUGCCCUCUGCAGGGGUGGUACAGGACGCCCCGCCACGACCCGCCAGUGGCCAAAACAGCCUGAAGAGGCAUGUGACUGGGCAGAGGCCCAAUGAGGAAGUGUCUGGUGCUUCAGCCAAGGUUUCAGAAGUUGCUAGGCCCACUUCGAACCUGAGUUUGGGAGCCCAGAACAAUGACUACCUAUCAGCCUUCGCCAGCUUAAAGGGGGCGUCACCACCACCCAUACCAGCCUCGAACCCAGCCCCUGGCCACCAGCCUCCAGCCCUGCUGGAGACCACAGCCGGCGGUGGCAGCAGGGCGAGCAGAGGGGGUGUAGCAGACGGCGCCGCCCUCCCCCCUUCACUUUUCCCUUACACUUGCCGGUUGUGUGGCAUCGUCCUGGAGGACGAGGACGGCUCCUCGGCCCAGAUUUGUGCCAAGUGUACGCUUGAAAUGCUAACUAAAGACUCUUCAUCAUCUCCCAACAGCCCUGGCGAGCGCAGUGACAAGGUGUACACCUGCGCCGCCUGCCCGUUCCUCACACACUACCCAAACCACUUGGCACGCCACAUGAAAACUCACAGCGGCGAGAAACCGUACAAGUGCCCACAGUGCGACUACGCCUCAGCACACUUCGACAACCUCAAGCGCCACCACAGGGUGCACACGGGCGAGAAACCUUACAAGUGCCAUUUGUGCGAUUACGCCUGCGGGAACCUGGCCAACCUGAAGCGCCACCAGCGGGUGCACUCGGGCGCCAAGCCCUUCCAGUGCGCCGUGUGCAGCUACAGCUGCAACCAGAGCAUGAACCUGAAGCGGCACAUGCUGCGGCACACGGGAGAGAAGCCGUACAAGUGCCAGGAGUGCGGCUACACCACCGGCCACUGGGACAAUUACAAGAGGCAUCAGAAGAAGCACGGCCUGGCCACAGACGGCUGGGUCAAGGUUCCAAUGACUGGAAACGACGAAGAGGAGGAAGUGAGGAAAGGGUUGGGAGUCGGCGGCCAAACUCACAGGAAGGAAACAGGGGUUGAUAUGCAGUAUAUGUCUAGGGAGGGAGGUCAGACAAUACACUCAUGCUACAAACUUGAGAUUGUAUAAAAUAUAACUCAGCAAAACUAAGCUACCAGCAACUUUUCUUUUCACAGAGCCUUUAUAUUGUUUUAGUGUGUAUCGGUCUUUUAGUGUUUCGUCGGAUGUCUUCAGAGGCUGCUAAUUGUUUCUUCGUAGAAUCUCGCACAGUUAUGAAAAACUAUUAUUCUGAAUAUUUUGAUCCCUUUCUGGAUGAAGUGAGGUGGAGGAGUCUCGUCAGUUUGUCUCCUGCUCUCGUUUGUGUCAAGACGAAGGGACUGUCUCACUCUGUAUGUUCAACCACGACAGGCUAGUCCUAACAUUUCCCUCUCACGUUACUACACAUAUCUGGUUCUGCAUCGUCGGACAGAGAUCACUACCAAAUAGUCCUCAGUACGUGGGACUUUUUGCCUGAACUGUUGAGCUGCACUGUGUAGUUUAUACCCAGUUCUCUCGAUAAGGGACAAGUGCUGCAUUUAUCACAGUUGUUAGCAUCACAAGUGCAGGUCAGACUUUUUGUUUUGUACCAAAAACUCUCAUGAAAUAACUUGAAUGUUUCUGAUUUUAUUUUUUACCGUCCUGCCAUCGCAUUUACCUUCAUGAGGUUAUUUUAAAGAGGAAUGAGAUUUAAGUUUAGACUACACAGUGCAGCUUUAAAUAAAGAUGAGUCCUUGUCAGGGCCAAUAUCGUGCUUUGUUUGCAUCUGGGCCUACGCUCUGGUAACAGCAUGCCUUCAGAUUAAUUUACUAAUGUAUGUACUACUAGCAAAGUGCUAUGUAAUAGUACUGGAACUGUUCCACCCUUGAUAAACUAUAUUGAUUAAUUAGGUUGUGUUAACCUAACUGAAUAAUCUCUAGUGUCUUGAAAUGUGUUUUCUCCAAACCCCUCAGGAUUACGAAAUGUUCAUUUGGAAGACCGAGGUGUUGGCAACAAAUUUAUUUCCAGCUAUUUCAUAUGGUUAAAGAAAAAGCACAACAAUACACACACAGUUGCAUUUGGAAGGUUCAAGUUAUGAAGGGGGGGGGGGGGGUCAUGUGUGAUUCAGGAGUAGGAGAAAUGAGCAUGAUGUUCACAGGAUUUUUCCCCCCUGCGAAUUUUACACUUUUUUGAUGGAGACUGUUAUCCACCUUCCUUUUGAUUACCGUUUCCUAACAACUGUGAAAUUAGCCCAUUCUCGUGUUUUUUUUAACUUGAAAAAAAAAAAAGAUGACACUAUUAGUAAGCAUGUGAGUGUGUAAUAGUCGUUUUAUUUUUCUAACGUGGCUGUAACACAACUGCUAGAAGUUCAUACUUUAAUAUAUAGAGUUGUUUUUUUAUUUUGGAUGUGUGAUGUGUUAUUUAGUUACCAUGGGAAAAAUAAUAGGGACUGUGAUUUUAAGUUUACUCUUUUUCAAUUACUAUUAUAUGCAAGUGAGAUAUUUUUCAGGUUGCCAACUUGCCAUGACACAAUGGAGCAUUGAACCCAUUGAUUAGUACUGACAUCCCCCAAGUGUCCAUUUUUGUCUUUAUGCAGUGUCUCAUAAAUGCCUUAAGUGAGGAUUUUGAAAUAAACACAUGAAUUCAUUUCAUUGA